AUGGCAGCUGAAGCUGACAAUUCUCGAGGCUCCUCCGGGGAGGACUGGAGACCGGCGGAGCCAGCCUCGUCCAUUCUGGCAGCGCAUUUCGCCCCACGCCUUGCAACCCAAGGACAUGAGACGCAUCGACUUUCCCGGGAGGCAUUUUCGCAGCUCCGUCAGGAGCUCCUGGGUGAAAGAUACACCCAAAUUCGCAUGGAUGAAGGCAUUACCGAUAUCAAUAAGCUCAUCUGCAUCGUUCUAAAGGCUGGUCUAGAAGCGAGUCCCCCCGGCAGCGCUCCGGAGGAGGAUAUGGAGGGUCAAAUCCUGGAUUGUCUGGACAUCAUCCAAGCAAGCAUCGACAAGGCACCCCAAGCUCUGGGGGAUAUCUCAGAUUCCCUUAUCUUGGGCGAAGAUGUUCAGGCGCCCUUGUUUUCGUGGCUGAUCCUACGAUUGAUCAGACUGGCCGGCAGGUGGCCUUCGGAAGCCGCCCAGGAAAGAAUCCAUGCCAUCUUCACCAGCAUAGCUUCUUUGCAGUACAAACAAGUCCGUUUCUCGUCUUCGUACCAUGGUACCUCGGCAUUCCUUCGGGCUUGUACGCUGGACAUCUUGUGCUCCCUGGAAGUGUUCCUAGAUAUGGACCUGCGGAAUUUCCACCCUGUCAAAUUGUCUAUACCUUCAAAGAAGGGAUCACUUCUAGUGGACUUGGAUAAUUUGGGCCUUCCUCGUGGUUUGUGGAAGCGAAAUUUGCCGCUAGGGUCAUUUCCCCAGGCAGCCGCCCUAGCCACAUCUAUGCUGGCCUCUCUCAGCCCCGAGGUGACAAUUCAAGGAAUUCCCAAGCGGCGGAACUGCACGCUCCGCCAGAACCUUCCAUGGGUGUUGAAUGGAUACAAUCGCCUACGAAGAGUACUCGUCAGAUGGCUACAAACUCCGGGUCUGAAAGUCGCCCCCGCUGAGGAACAGGUUAUCUUGCAAUUCCUGAUAUGCAUGCACCGUCUUUGCGUUUCUGAGUCAUCAAUGGCUACUCUGUUAUCUGACAUGAGCCUGGCUUCCACCUGGACUCAAUGCCUGGCCGAAUUUCUCCCCCUCAGCAUCAGCCUUCAACUGCCUGCAAUCCAAUCCGAUUUGAGCCAUUUCCUAGACGAGGUGGCUCAGGCGAUAGAACAAUCCAAGUCAUCCGUGCCUCAAUUGCGAGAAUCCUUUCUGCCUGUUCUCGCGGAGGUCAAGGCUCAGAAUCUUAAUUUCCGAAUUGUGGAGGCGUGCCUUGGGAAAUCCAUCCACGGUCUUCAUUCCAGGCUGCUGGAUAAUAUCACAGUUGCAUUAUGCCCGUCUCGCGCUUCAGCAGACUCCCAUGAUAUCGAUACAUCUGCUACAAAUCAAAAGCCUGGAACAUUGGAUCAAGGGACCAAAGAAAACGAAGAACUAAUACGGGCACCAAAAAGACUAUGCGUGUCUGCAGAGUCCCCCAAUGAGGACUUAAUCCAAUUGCUUUGCGACAAACUUUCAUCACUGUUGGGUUGUGAAUGUGCGGCAAAUCUAAAAGACUUAUGUGCUGCUGUACAGAACCUAUACGAGGGGAUUUCCGAGCCCCAGAAAACGCUAUUCUUACAAGACCUGGGUAAACUUUCUUGCGCGUUGAUGGGGACUUUGGUGCGAAAGCCCUCUGAUGUUAUUGUGCGAGAUACUCUGUUCUGCCAAAGAUGCGAUGAUGAGCAACAUGAACUGAACAACAGCCCCGAGAAAGAAGUCACUGGCUACGAGGUGCUGUGGACCAUGUUCAAUUUCGUCCUACCUCGGCUCUCACGCACACCUGGUCCACGAAUAGCUGCCAUGGUUGCUUUAAGACGUAUUCUGAUACACUCUCCAAAUAUGAGCCAGAUGUAUCUCUCAUCUGCUUGUGGAGAAUUCUGCCUUCACUCUCUUCGGAGUUCUAUUCGAGAGCUUCGGGUAGCAACCGGGCACUCAGUGGUAGCAUUUGUACGACCAAAUCUUCAGCCAGAUGUUCGCCGGGCCAACUUUGUGAUCGUUUUGGAAUGGCUUAAGAAUCUGUCCGAGAAAGAUGACAUGCCUUUACAAGAGGCAUGCGUCUUGACGCUAUGUCGUCUGGCAAGGGUCUCGGAGGAUGAUGAAAAGAAUAUGAUUCUUUUACGUCUGCUGGAGUACCUCGGCCAUCCCAACCCUUACGUUUGCGCGGUGGCCUACAAUGGGCUGUCUAAACUUGCGCAGCAAUUUUGCUUGACACCUGCUGGCUUGUUCCGACCGUACUGGCGAACACUUUCCGUAGCAGUUGUCAAAAACCUUCAGUCUCGCCCCUACAUGGCCGAACAGCUAUGUGAACUGCUCGGCAUGAAAGUUGAUGGCUUCCUUCGACUGACAGAGGUCCAUGUACUUCCUUAUUUGGUCUUGACAAGAAAGCGAGACAUCAUUUGCAGAAUCGGAGCUAGCCGCAAUGAAGGGGAAUCGCCUUUUGACGUUUGUUCCGAGAAAAACAACCUCGCAGCAAUCCUCGCUUUCCUUCUGGCCCAACAAUCUGACAACCCAGAAGCCAUGAUCAUGUCUCUUCUUGCGGAAAUAGACCCCGCAUUCAAAGGUCGCACGUUGGCUGAGUUGGUGCGAAUCGAACCGAUUCUCAUCGCCUGUGACUUGCUGAAGAGUCUUGGGGAUGCGGGGGAGCAAAACAAAGAAAGAUUCCACCAAGCACUCCGUCGCCUUGCCACCUUCGUUCCCCGAAAAUUCUUGCAUGGGAGCUCUUCUAAGAACGCAGAUUUAUUGAGCCACUUCAUCGAAGAACAUGUCCUCGGUAUCAUCACUCAAUUUGCAAACGCGAUCAACGACUUUCAAGUGAGGCAAACUUUGGCCGAAAAACGACGGAACCUCAAGGCAAUUGAAGAAAUGAUCAAUAUUGCUCAAGGGCAUGUUAGUAAUGCUUUGCCCCAGGUCUGCGCCUGUCUUCGAUCUGCACUCGAGAUCGAAGCAUUGUGCGAUCAUGCUUUUUCGGCAUGGAAGACAUUGAUUAGCUCCCUCAGUGAGGAAGAUAUUGAACCUCUUAUCGAUCAGACCUGGGCCAUUGUGAUCAGAUACUGGGAGAGGCUGACUGAUGAAAGCAAAAGGCAAGCCCAUCACCUCAUUGACCAUAUUUUGACGAGCCACCCGAAUCUUGUGCGGGAUACAUUCAAUACCAUGCCUUCGCUUGCCUCUAUCCCAGAAUUAGCCACCUUUGAGAUCACGAUCAACGAAUUGCGAGCGCAGAUGGAUGUCCGAAGUAGAUUUCUAGCUCUCAUACGCCGCUGCCAGAGUGAGAAUGCAGCUGUUGUCGAGCAAGCUCUGCGGGAAUUGAUGCCUUUUCUCUCAGAGAACGAGGAGUUUUUGCAUUUGUCUGUUCUCAGCGAACAACCCGAUCCUGUUAUUGCACAGUUAACGAGAGCACUACUGGACUGCUGUGUUAAAUUCAACACCAGCUCUGACUGCAUUACUCUGCUAUCGUCACAAUGCUUGGGUCUCGUCGGUUGCCUCGAUCCAAAUCGAGUGGAGACAAUCAAGGAGAAGAAGGACAUUCUUGUGCUGUCAAAUUUUGACAGAAUGGAAGAGACUGUGGAAUUUAUUCUCUUUUUCCUCCAACAUGUGCUGGUCGAGGCAUUCUUAUCGGCAUCUAAUACGAGAGCGCAGGGAUUUCUAGCAUAUGCAAUGCAAGGCCUUCUCAAGAUCUGCAAUCUGAAUGCGGCUGUCACUCAAAGGUCUCGCGAUCUUCAAGGUGACGAGAAAUAUCAACGGUGGAUGGAGCUUCCAGAAAGUGUCCGAAAUACUCUCACCCCUUUCCUUACGUCCACUUACACUGUCACUGUUGUCGCGACCAGUUCAAAAGCCAAAUAUCCUUUGCUGUCACCAAAAAUAACACAUAGUGAAUGGCUUCGGAGUUUGGUGCAAGACUUGCUCCAAACGGGAAAUGGAGAUAACGCAAAGCUCAUAUUUGCAGUGUGUAGCCGCGUCGUCAAGGGCCAAGACAUAUCCAUUUCCUCGUUCCUUCUACCAUUCUCUGCCUUGAAUCGCAUUGUUGGAGGUACCGAGCAGGAGCAGCAAGAUCUUCAGGUUGAACUCAUGAAUGUCCUUUCCCAUCCUCUCCCCGAGACCAACAACAAUGUUCGCGAAACAAUCAUCAGCAGCAGCCAGAGUGUAUUUGAGGUCUUGGACUACUUGUCGAGAUGGCUACAGGGAAAGAAAAAACAGCUCAAUACUCUGAACCAUCAGUCAUACCAGUCUAGCCGGUCUCAUAAAGAUGCUAGUCGAGAUACACUUCUUGACAAAUAUGCGUCUCAGAUCAAAUCUGUUGAAACGCUGCUUGCUUCAAUACCCCCAGAGAUCAUUUCUAAAAGAGCUGUUGAGUGCAAGUCCUUCUCCAGGGCUCUCUUCCACUGGGAACAAUACAUCAGAAAGAGUAAAUCACAAACCGAACCUCAAGACCACGCCAGCUCUGAGCUACUUUAUGAAAGGCUACAGGACAUCUACAGCCAGAUCGAUGAACCCGAUGGGAUAGAAGGUAUCUCGAGCCAUUUGUCAGCCCUCAAUAUUGAUCAACAGGUCUUGGAGCAUCGAAAGGCAGGUAGAUGGGCUACUGCCCAGAGCUGGUACGAACUGCAACUGGAAAAGGAUCCCGACAAUAUUGAUGCUCAAUGGAAUCUUGUCACUUGCCUCAAGGAGUCUGGCCAGCAAGAUGCGAUUGUCACCCGAUUCGAGGUUCUCAAAAAAAAUGAAUCCGCUGCUUCUCGGUUCCUACCAUUUGCAGUUGAAGCAUCAUGGAUAACUGGCAGGUGGGAUAAAUUGGAGGGCUAUCUGGAACUUUGCGAGAGGCAAGGAACUGGCGAGUUCAACGUUGGCAUUGCAUCGGCUCUCCACUCUCUUCAGCAAAAGAAGACUCCAGAAUUCAUUGACAUCAUCAAUGGACUAAGACUCAGUGUGGCAAAAUCUUUAACGGCCAACUCUGUUGCGUCUUUGCAGUCCUGUCAUGAUGACAUGCUUCGAUUGCAUGCCUUGGCAGAUGUGGAAUCCAUAGCUCACGCAGGAGCUGACGAUUCUCAUUCGUCCAAGGACUUGUUGCUGCACACCCUGAAUCGGCGUUUAGAUGUGCUUGGUGGUUAUCUUGCUGACAAGCAGUAUUUGUUGGGUUUAAGGCGAGCGACGAUGGAGUUAGCAGGCGGCUUUGUCAACUCUGACAUUUCGGGUGCUUGGCUUACCAGUGCCCAUCUAUCACGGAAGGGCAAUUUCACCAGCCAGGCAUAUCACUCAAUGCUGCACGCCGCACGGUUGAAAGAUCGAUCGGCUACCAUUGAGCACGCCAGAUUGCUUUGGAAGGAUGGGCACCACCGAAAGGCGAUCCAGACCCUGGAAGGCGCCAUAUCUUCUAAUGAAUCAAACGCUACAACAUCCUCUUCUGUUGAUUCCGAGGCAGCCUCUUUUCUUUCAGGCCGUGGACAGAAUCAAAAUGAGACUGCUGCUGUUGCACAUCUCAUGUUAGCGAAAUGGACAGACCGGGCUGGACAGACGCACUCACAUGCGAUCGUUCAGCGAUAUCGAGAGGCCAUCAAGCUCUACCCCAGGUGGGAAAAGGCGCAUUACUAUUUGGGGAAACAUUACAACAAGAUACUCGAUUUGGAGAAGGUCAAGCCCAUGGGAAAGGAGGCCCAAAUCUACCUGAGCGGAGAAGCCACAAAGCUCGUGAUUGACAAUUACCUUCGUUCGCUAACCUAUGGAUGUAAAUACGUGUUCCAGACACUGCCUAAGCUGUUAACACUCUGGCUCGAGCACGCCUCUGUCGUUGAUCAGCCAAUUGACCCGAAACGAGGUGACAAUGAGGAGUUUCAGCGAAAGACCAAAGCUCAGCGACAGAAGAGCUUGGAUGAGAUACAUUCCCAGCUGAAAAAAUACAUAUCAGGUCGCCUUCAACCUGCCUUGCUGUUCACAAUCCUUCCCCAAGUGGUAGCUCGUAUCUGCCAUCGCAACAACACCGUUUACGACCUUUUAGCGCGAAUGGUAAUAAAGGCGGUCCAUAGCUUCCCGCAGCAAGGCUUGUGGACAGUCCUUGCGGUUGUCAAGUCAUCCAAUAAGGACCGGGCUUUUAAAGGUCAAAUUUGCCUCACAAAGAUUCAGGAGUACCACAACAAGUCCAAGAAAGAGUCAGCACUCUCCGAUAUCCGCCGCAUGGUGCAUGAAGGCCAGAGAUUCUCCGACGAGUUGCUUCAACUGUGCCUCGCGCGUGUGGAAGAAAGAGCCUCGAGGGUCAGUCUGGCUCGAAACUUAGGUUUCAAUCACAAAGUUGCUCCUUGUCGACUAGUGGUGCCUUUCCAGGCAAUGUUGAUUCCCAGUCUUCCUGUCAGCCAUGAUUCCGAAUACUUGAAAAGCUUCCGGCCCUUCCCCCGGGAUCCGACAACAAUAGAGGCUGUUCUCGACGAUGCCCAAAUCUUGAAUUCUCUCCAAAAGCCCCGCAAAAUCAGCAUCCGAGGCUCUGACGGAAAGAUCUACAAUGCACUUUGCAAACCGAAGGAUGAUUUACGCAAAGACCAACGGCUGAUGGAAUUCAACAAUAUGAUCAAUCGCUUCUUGAAGCGGGACGUGGAGUCGAGCAAGCGGCGAAUGUACAUUAAAACUUAUGCCGUAACUCCCUUGAAUGAGGAAUGUGGUAUCAUCGAAUGGGUCGACAAUCUUCGCACUUUGAGAGACAUUAUCGUUAAACUUCUGCGCGAAAGAAGAGUCUCCCCAAAUUACACCGAGAUCAGACAUUACCUAGACGAAAUUUGUGCGGACAAAACGUUUUCGAAGUUGCCUCUCUUCACUACGAAGAUUCUAGCCAAACUUCCUACUGUUCUUCCCGAGUGGUUCAUCGAGAUGUUCCCCGAAACCGAAUCAUGGUUCACUGCAAGGCUGCGGUAUACACGGUCUUCGGCUGUGAUGUCCAUGGUUGGAUACGUUCUAGGACUCGGUGAUCGACAUGGUGAAAAUCUGUUGUUUGAAGAGGGAACAGGCGGCAUUCUACAUGUUGACUUCAAUUGUCUUUUCGACAAGGGCCAAACCUUUGAGAAACCCGAGGUGGUUCCAUUCCGCCUGACUCACAACAUGGUUGAUGCCUUUGGUGCAUACGGUUACGAUGGACCCUUCCGGAGAACGUGCGAGAUCACUCUCAACCUCCUGCGGCAAAACGAAGAUGCCUUGAUGACAAUCCUCGAGACUUUCCUGCACGACCCGACAACAGAUUUCAUUGGCAAAAGACGUCGUACCCACACCAAUGUCCCUGACACACCAGCGGGCGUCCUAGAGGACGUUCGUCACAAACUUCGGGGAUUUAUGUCUAAGCAACCUAUUCCAUUAUCUGUGGAUGGGCAAGUAGACGAGCUGAUCAUGCAGGCAACAGACAAGAAGAAUCUGGCUUCAAUCUGGGACUCCGCCGCCGCCGCUGUCGCGGGCUCUCCGGGCGAUGACUACCUCGCCGCACCGGUGACCGUGACCGUGACAGAGAUGGAGGCCGAUAUGUGUCGUGUCGUUCAGCCGGCCUUGCACGUCCAUGUCUCCUGGGGGGUGAGUCCGCAUAUGAUCCCUUGCCAAAUCGAGGACGGCCGCCAGUGCCUCGGUUGGAAACUGCGGGUGGUGAGCGUGAAAAUGUCCGACGAGGGAGCACAAUCGAAACGUUCAGAAUAG